AUGACCGAUUACGACGACUCGAAUGCCCACGCUGAGGCGUCGUUCAUGUCGCACGGCGGCGGCGGCGUGACGGACCACGAUGACGAGCAUGACGACCACGACGACCACGAGGAUGGCCAGGAUGGGGACCGCCCUCAGAAGAAAAAGCGCAUCAUCAAGUCGCGCCAGUCGCUGGCUGAAAAGGCGCAGGGAACAACCCUCUUCCCGCUCUCGCGCGUCAAGCGUAUCAUCAAGGCGGACAAGGAGCUGGAUGUGAUGAGCAGCGAGGCAACCUUCCUCGUCGCCGUCGCUACCGAGUACUUCAUCAAGCACUUUAUGGAGGAGGGAUACACCAAGGCGCGUAUGGAACGUCGUCGUAUUGUCAACUACAAGGACAUGGCCUCGGUGGUGUCGCGUAACGACGAGUUUGACUUUCUCCGCGACGUCGUUCCUCUCCCGAUCACCAUCUCCGAGGCGCUCGAGAAGCGCAAGGCGCGCCUUGCAGCUGCCGACGAUGGUUUGCAUGGCGACGACGAGGAGCCCGCUCCAAAGGAGAAGGAGCGCGAGAGUACUCCUGCUGCUCCCGUCGAGCCCUCACGGUCGCGCUCGGCCUCACCCGAGUCUGAGCCCGCCGAGGAGCUUCCCCCCGUCGUGCCCAGCACCAACCCCCUCUUUCCCAAUGCUGUGGUCAGGCGCCCACCUGUGAGCCACCCGCGUACGGCCAUGCCCCCUCGGUCCAAGCCUUCGCCCGCGUCCCGCGAACCCCGUCCACUGGCAGGCAAGAAUGCGCCCUCAACGCCCCACUCGCUCACGACGCGUUCCGGACGCCGUAGCAUGAACACCGAGGAGGCCGCCGAGGCGGCGGACGCGAUGCAGGUCGACUAG